AUGGAUCUCACACCUUCAGAUACCCUCUGCUGCCCACCACCUCUGUUCCAUUGUUUUGGUCUCACUCUCGGUCUCCUCGCAACACUGACACAUGGUGGAAAGAUUGUUUACCCCGCCGAAUCAUUUGAUCCCGCCGCAACCAUGCGUGCCAUCUCCGAAGAACGCUGUACAGCAUUACAUGGUGUCCCAGCAAUGAUGGAGUCAAUCAUGGACGUGGAGCGACCGGCUGAUUGGAGAUCAGACCUGCGUACUGGUAUCGUAGCAGGUAGCCCAGUGCCACGCUGGCUCAUGGAACGCAUGGUCAAUGAACUCGGUAUGACUGACUUCACAUCAAGUUAUGGUCUCACAGAGGCCAGUCCUACCGUCUUCAAUGCGCACACAACGGAUUCGCUGCAUGCACGCUUGACAACUGUAGGUACCGUGCUCCCACACGCCCGUGUCAAGAUUGUAGAUCAUAACGAUAGAGUUGUUCCUAUCGGUGUGCGCGGCGAACUUUGCGUUGCCGGGUAUCAAGUUUGUCGAGGGUAUUGGGAGAAUCCUGAGAAGACUGCGGAGCUCCUCGUUCGAGAUGAGCAAGGCGAGCUAUGGUUGCAUACUGGUGAUGAAGCUGUCUUGGAUGUCGACGGUUACUGUACAAUCACGGGCCGGUUCAAGGAUAUUAUUAUCCGAGGUAGGUUCAUGUUUUCCUCUGGCUGGGAAUGGGUUACUGACAACGCAUAG